AUGCGCGGAGUACUGCUCGACAUCAUUUACUCUCGAGACUCGUACUUCGCUACGUUGCGGGAAUACACGGAGGAAAUUGCGCUUGAAGACACAUUCGUGUUCAUCAACGAUUUCAAGAAGAAAUUGGCUUCGUACUUCUGGAUCUGCUUAUUGGGGCAGAAAUGGGUACAGAACUUGAUGAGGGAAGUUCCCACUACUAGUGGAGGGAGCGAACUUAUUGCAACGCAUUUGACUCGCUGGCUCAAAAUCGAAGACGGCUCGGAGGCGUUCUUCGAGCUCGAGCUGGCUCGUGGCUCGCUCUGCCCAUUCGCUCAAGUUGUGGGCGAAGAUCUGGACGAUGAUGGUCCAGACCAACUCUUUGCUGGCGUUCCAACGAGGCUCAAAUUCAAGCCAGUGAGAGCAAAACGCCGAGGACGACGCAAAAAGUGA